UUUUCUGUCUAUAUUUACUGCAGUGAGCUCACGGGGAACGCCCUGACAUUUCUGUGGCUUUUUAAAUCGCUGGUUUCAUUGUGAUUCUUACACAGCGAAUGGGAGUUGUGCCUCAGGUGCCUCUGGCCAGUAGUAAUGGCGAACACAACGCAGAUUUCCAAAGAUGAGCUGGAGGAUCUUAGAGAGGCGUUCGCCAAAGUCGAUCUUGACAGCAGUGGGUACAUUUCCGACUAUGAGCUCCACGAUUUGUUUAAGGAAGCCAACCUCCCCCUUCCCGGAUACAAAGUGAGGGAGAUCAUCCAGAAGCUAAUGAACGAAGGAGAUAAAAACAAGGAUGGGAAAAUAUGCUUUGAAGAAUUUGUUUUUAUUGUUCAAGAGCUGAAAAGCAGCGAUAUUGCCAAAACAUUCCGAAAAGCGAUCAAUCGUAAGGAGGGAAUUUGUGCGAUUGGAGGGACAUCAGAACUGUCCAGUGAAGGGACCCAACAUUCCUACUCCGAGGAGGAAAAAUAUGCCUUUGUCAACUGGAUAAACAAAGCCUUAGAGAAUGACCCAGACUGCAAGCACGUUCUCCCUAUGAAUCCAAACACUAAUGAUUUAUUCCGAGCCCUUGGGGACGGCAUCGUACUUUGCAAAAUGAUCAACCUGUCUGUUCCUGACACCAUUGAUGAAAGAGCAAUUAACAAGAAAAAACUAACUCCGUUUACCAUUCAGGAAAAUUUGAACCUGGCUUUGAACUCGGCCUCAGCCAUCGGGUGUCAUGUUGUCAACAUCGGAGCAGAAGACCUCAAGGCUGGAAAACCUCACCUCGUGCUUGGACUUCUUUGGCAGAUUAUAAAGAUCGGUUUGUUUGCGGACAUUGAACUAAGCAGGAAUGAAGCCCUGGCCGCUUUGCUUCGAGAAGGGGAGACUCUGGAAGAUCUGAUGAAACUGUCCCCUGAAGAACUGUUGCUGAGAUGGGCCAAUUUCCAUCUGGAAAACGCAGGCUGUCAAAAAAUCAAUAACUUCAGCUCGGACAUUAAGGACUCGAGAGCCUACUUCCAUCUGCUCAAUCAGAUUGCACCCAAAGGGCAGAAAGAAGGCGAAGAGAGGAUAGACAUCAAUAUGUGUGGCUUCAGUGAGAAAGAUGAUCUGAAGAGAGCGGAGUACAUGCUCCAGCAAGCAGAUAGGCUUGGCUGCAGGCAGUUUGUUACUCCAGCUGAUGUCGUCAGUGGAAAUCCUAAAUUAAACCUGGCCUUUGUAGCAAACCUGUUCAACAAGUACCCAGCACUUACUAAGCCUGAGAACCAGGAUAUUGACUGGAAUCUUCUGGAAGGAGAGACACGGGAGGAAAGAACAUUCCGGAACUGGAUGAAUUCACUUGGUGUGAAUCCUCAUGUCAACCAUUUGUAUGGUGAUCUGCAGGAUUCCUUGGUAAUCUUACAGUUGUACGAGAAGAUUAAAGUUCCCGUUGAUUGGAACAAGGUGAACAAGCCACCAUAUCCUAAACUCGGAGCAAAUAUGAAAAAGCUUGAGAAUUGCAACUACGCAGUGGAUUUGGGGAAGCAACGUGCAAAGUUCUCACUGGUGGGGAUCGGAGGGCAGGAUCUCAAUGAUGGAAAUCAAACGCUGACCUUGGCUGUGCUCUGGCAGUUGAUGAGACGGUAUACCUUAAACGUAAUGGAGGAUCUUGGAGAAGGAGAGAAAGCAAAUGAUGAUACCAUUGUGAACUGGGUGAACACAACGCUAUCGGAAGCUGGGAAAUCGACCUCCAUUCAGAGCUUUAAGGACAGAUCUAUCAGCUCCAGCUUACCAGUAGUGGAUCUGAUUGAUGCCAUACAGCCUGGCUGUAUAAAUUAUGAACUGGUAAAGACUGGUGAUUUGACUGAUGAAGACAAACAUGAAAAUGCCAAAUAUGCCGUGUCCAUGGCUAGACGUAUUGGUGCAAGAGUAUAUGCUCUUCCAGAGGACCUUGUGGAAGUGAAACCCAAGAUGGUUAUGACCGUUUUUGCUUGUUUGAUGGGCCGAGGGAUGAAGAAAGUUUAACUUUACAUUCAAAGUAACCGGAAGAGUGUGAUACGCCCAGAGUGUAUGGCCCCGUUUUGGCAGUUCCAGACCUAGCAAUACACUUGGCGUAAGAAAGUUUCAAGACUUUAAGGUUUGCUUUGCAACAUUAGAGACCUUCACGACUCUCAGGACCAUUCAAGUUCACAACAAAAUGCAUUCUUGCUUGGACUGUUUGGCUUUUCCAGCUAAUAUAUAUAUUUUUGUUUUCCUGCGGAUAAAACCUUCAUUGUAUUGCGGUGCAAAAUGAUGGAGAAAUCUGCUGUAGUAAAAGGGUUUGAAAACUGGAUACCUGCCAUGAGGUUUUUUUUUUUUUUCCUACUGCAGCCAUAUUUUCAUAAGGUGAUGGAAUUUACUAUACAUAUCUAGUGUCCUGUCUAUACAUAAGUUAAAUAUAUACAAUAACUCUCAUUCAUUUUAUGUCUUGGUCUUUUGUUUUCGGAAGUAAAUAAGGAAUAAUAGAAGCCCUGUAUGAGGUCUAUUAAAAAAAAAAAAAAAAAAAGUAUUACUUUUUUCCACCCUUUAUGUGGAUCUAUGUCUACCUUUAUCUACCGGUGUGUAGGGCCACAGAACCCAGCUAGAAGAUAGCAGGUCCAGCUCUCCUCUCUCCCUUUACUGAUGCAGUUUGCAAUCUUUUGAUUUAUGCUACAAAAUAACCCAAUUAUUGCAUAAUGAGCAUGGGAAUGAGUCUUAUGGCGGACCUUUUAAGAGACUGCUUUCCUUUGUGUUGGCAUUUAAAUCCCCCCCCAUUUCUGAAUAGGAGUAAUUCUCUUGAAGUUUAUAACCUCUAGAGGUUCCUGGUAUCUACGUACUGAUUUAGUACUGUUCAUUUGUAAUGGAAUGAUCAUAAUUAUAUUAUUGGCACAUAUAAUGUAGAUAUAAAUACUGGGGAUUGUGUUUUUGGUUCUACAACAUUAAUCGCCUUGAUGAUAUAAUGGUGUGACAUCAUUUGAUGGUUUGUGAAUCCCCCUACAAGCACAGACAGAAACAUCCUUAAGUCCAAUGAUAGUAUAUUGAAUUAAAUAAGAAUUUCCCAGCUUUCAGUCCUAGGAAAAAAGUUUUUAAACGGAGAUCAAAUCAUUAUAUUUAAAGAAAGAGAGAAAAAAAAAACAUACACCAACUUCCUGCAAAUACCUACGGUAUAUACUAUUUCAUUAAAACAUACUUUAGUACUUUUUGUGGCUUUUGUUUUCUUAAACUUAAUUUGUAGGUGUUGGAGUCAGAUUGCAUGUUGUAAAUCUUAAACUGCACAACUUUUUUUUCUUAAAUGUUGGUUUAAAUACUAAAUUCAUUUUUUGGUUGAAAGCAUAUCCGUAGAUCAUAUUUUUUUCUCUUAUUUUGUAUAAGGCCUGCAUGAACAUUUUUAUGAUUUUUUGUAACAAUUUGUAUUUAAAAUUCUAUCGGCUAUGAAACAUUCCUGUGUUUCCAGGAAAAGCUGGUUCCGUGCCACAGAGCAUAGAUUGCACGCAGACGUGGAUAUAUUUUCUUUGCAUCUGGAAACAAAAGAAACGCCAAAGAGUUAACUCUUACAUUAACAGCUAUAUACGCAGGAUUUGCUAAAGCUUUGACAAGCUGUUUGCUGGAUUUUUAAGACCAUGCUGCAAUUUAUAAGCUGUUCAAAGUGACUUUGGAGGCAAAAGCAGAAUUCUAAUAAAACAUCAGUUUCAGCACA